GUGUGUGUCAUGGGCUGAGGUGAUUCCUGUGGUCGGGCUCCAGUGCCAGGUUUUACAGCGGCCUCUGUCUGUGUCUGGCAGCAGUGCAGCAUGAAAGCAGUGGGAAACAGAAACACUAUGGCUGCCACUCUGUCUCUUACUCAGCUCUCCAGUGGAAAUCCCAUCUAUGACAAGUACUAUCGACAGGUUGAUCCGACUGGCAGCGGGCGGGUGGCAGCGGCUGAUGCAGCUCUAUUCCUGAAGAGGUCGGGCCUGGCUGACUUGGUUCUCGGGAAGAUCUGGGAUUUGGCAGACUCUGAACGCAAAGGUGCCCUUAACAAACAGCAAUUCUUCAUAGCACUGCGGUUGGUAGCCUGUGCUCAAAAUGGCCUGGAGGUGGCGCUCAAGAACCUUCAUGUGGCAGUUCCUCCCCCCAAAUUUCAUGACACAAGCAGCCCGCUGUUGGCAGGAGGAGUGGCUGUUGACAUUCCCUGGGUUGUCAAGCCUGAGGAGAAGUUGAAAUUUGACUCCAUCUUCGACAGUCUGGGUCCAGUAGGAGGGAUUCUAACAGGAGAUAAGGUCAAGCCCGUCCUGCUCAACUCCAAACUGCCAGUGGACAUCCUCGGCAGGGUGUGGGAGCUCAGUGACAUCGACAGAGAUGGCAUGUUGGACAGAGAUGAAUUUUCUGUGGCCAUGUAUCUGGUGUACAGAGCUCUGGAGGGCGAGCCUGUUCCCAUGUCCUUACCACCUCCCCUGGUUCCACCCUCCAAGAGGAAAAAACCCUCUGUGCCUCCCGUGAUGCCAUUGUUACCCUCGCCCCCCUCAGUCAAAGACAGUCGCUCCUCCCACGCUGGCUCUAAGACCAUGCCCCACCCUCCCAAACCCGCCCCAGCUUCUGUCCCAACACCAGCAGCAGCCCCUUGGGUGGUGUCGCCGACAGACAAAGCAAAGUAUGACGAGCUCUUCAACAAGACAGACGGGGACAUGGACGGCCUUGUGUCUGGACCUGAAGUCAGAGAUAUCUUCCUCAAGACGGGGCUUCCCUCUGCCACACUAGCACGUAUAUGGGAGCUUUGCGACAUUGGAGAUAUUGGGAAACUGACUAGAGAGCAGUUUGCCCUGGCGCUUCAUCUGAUCAAUCUGAAGCUGACCAAAGGCCUGGACCCUCCGCAGAGUCUGUCCCCAGAGAUGAUCCCUCCAUCUGACAGACAAAACAUCAAACAGAACAAUGUGGCUAACCUGGCAGCAGACUUCUCUGCCAUCAAGGAGUUGGACUCUCUCAGUAAUGAGAUUGUAGAACUACAAAAGGAGAAGAGCUCUGUGGAAGAGGAGAUUAAGGAGAAGGAGGAGGCCAUCAGACAGCGCAGCAGCGAAGUGCAGGACUUGCAGGAUGAAGUAGCAAAAGAGAACGAGGUGCUGCAGCAGCUCCAGUCCCAGCGUCAGAAAGUCCAAGAUGCCUUGGAAGAGCUGGACCAACAGAAAGGCUCUCUGGAGGAGCAGCUGGCUCAUAUUCGUCAGCAGACCAGCCAAGAGACGCAACUGAUUUCAUCGCUGACAUCGGAGCAUGAGGAUCAGGAACAGAGGAUAUGUCAGUAUGAGGAGGAGCUGGUCCAGGCCCGGGAGGAGCUCCUUGCUCUGCAGGAAGAGAGCAGGAAGCUGCAGGAGAAGGUCCAGGCCGCUCAGGAGCAGCUCACACCUCUGCAGGAGUCUGUCCGUGACUCCUUUACACAAGUUGCACAGGUUCAGCAGAAACUGAACGAUCUAAAGGUGGAGGAGAGGUCAGUAACUGCCCAGCUCAGCUGGAAGAGAGCCCUGGAGGAUAGCUCUCCUGUCAUGGUCAAUGGAUCAGCAGGCUCUGCUGCAGAGCUGCAUCAAGGGGACCUCUUCCAGCAGGACCUCUUUCAAGAGGACCACCCCUUAGAGCUGAAGGUGGAAGAACCAGCUGCUUUCUUCGAAGAGCAGAAAGAACAUUCAGAUCAAAAAGGAGAGGAAGUAGAGAACGAGAGAGACGAUGAAGAAGAGAAGGAGGAAGAGAUUCCAAAGACUCAAGAAGAGGAAAAGAUGAAACCCGAUCCCUUGGAUGACCUGUAUACUAGUCUGGCCUCCGCUGAUAUGUUCAAUAAUGUAUCAGCUUUCACCAAGCCACAGGAGAGCACUGUUAGGGAACACAGUACCCCUACACCCGAUGUCUCCUCGGAGGUCACAGAUGAUGCUGAGGAAUCGCCUAAAGAGAGCCCACCAAAAGUUGCAUCGCCAGAGCCAGAGAGCAAACAGGAGCCAGCAGAGUCCCCAGAAAACACCCCCGCCUCCUCGUUACCACCUCAGGUCAGCCCUCGCUCCAUGCCGCCUCAGACCAGCCCUCCCUCGCUGCCUGAGAUGGACUUCUUCAAUGCAGACCCCUUUACUGACCAUGAUCCAUUCAAAGAUGAUCCAUUUGGAAAAGCAGAUGUUGCAGAUCCAUUUGGAGGAGAUCCCUUCAAAGGCUCCGACCCCUUUGCUGCAGACUCUUUCUUCGCACAGUCCUCAAGCGGUGCCCCCUUCUCCUCAGACGACCCUUUCUCUGCCUCAGCCGACCCGUUUGGUACCACUACUGGUGCGCCAGAACCAGACCUGUUUGCGGCGAAGCUGAAUGACACAGCAGCUGCACCAGCAGCAGGUCCAGAUCCCUUCACCUCCAAACCAAACAAUCUUACUUUAGCAGCCAAGGAUCCAUUCAGCACUACGAACAACAUGGCUGAUUCUGACCUGUUUGGAGGCAAAGUGAAUGCCACUGGUGAAGCAGAUCCGUUUGGUUCUCAGGACGGGGGGACAGAUCCCUUUAGUUCCUCUCAACCCAGCUCUGACCUGGCCGUGAAGGACACUGCAGCAACCAAUGAUCCGUUCGCUCCAGGUGGUACUUCAGUGAACGCCAGCUCAGAUCCAGAUCCAUUUGCUGCUGUGUUUGGUAAUGAAUCGUUUGGAGGGGGCUUUGCAGAUUUCAGUGCCUUGACGAAGUCAAAUGGCUCUGACCAGUUUGGCAUCAACAAUAAGAACCUGUUCCAGGAAGACACCCAGUCUGCCGGCUCUGAUGUGCCCCCAGCGCUGCCCCCAAAAACUGGUACGCCUACGAGACCACCUCCUCCACCUCCAGGUAAGAGAGCAUCCCUCUCCAGAACAGAGUCCAAUGACUCAUUCCAGCGACGAGGGCACUUCGUCCCACCACUUUCAGGAGACUUCCCCUCCUCUUCCCUGCCUGCCAAGGAUCCUUUAGCUGACCCCUUCGCCCCCUCCUCCCCUCCUCGUCACAACAUACGGGAAACUGACCGAUUUGCCAGCUUUGACAAACAGUGGGAUGUAUCACCUUCAACAGCAGUAUCCGACAGAGGAAGACAUGAUCGAGUGGGCAAAGCGCGAGAGCGAGCGAGAGGAAAAGGAGCGACUUGCCCGGCUCACCCAGCAGGAACAAGAGGACCUGGAGCUGGCCAUCGCACUCAGCAAGUCUGAACUCUCCUGAGGAUCUCCUUUCCCCUCCUCCUCCUCCUCCUCCCCCUCCUCCUCCUCCUCCUCCUCCUCUUCCUCCACUGGCCCCGGCUCGGCACGGCACGGCACAGCCUGGCCCAGCCCAGAAAGCACCAAAGCAAAGUGGGGACUGCAUAGGACUGAUUCAGCAGCACCUGCUGACCCCAUGAAGAGACUUUCUUCGAAUUAACCCACCUCUGAAUCUCUCGACACCCUCUUCUCCUCUGACUGCUCACUGGCGCUGUGGUAUCCUGCGUUUCUUCCAUCCUGUUGGUCUCUGUGGUUUUAUUUCGGAGGAGAGGACCGACGUGGAGUGUACGCGCCAAGGAAUGGAUUGUUGAAUGAAAUGCAGUGAAUAUGGAUUGACGUUGAGGUUAUGUUCUCUGUUUAUUUCCGCACCGGGCUACAAAUGCCACUUUAACGUCUGCAGAAUGUAAUUUAUUUUAAACACACAGGUCAAUGGUAGAUUGAAAAGUCCUGUCAUCGUCCACUAACAGUACUCACUACAGUUGAUCAAGACUCUCUUCAGCCUCUGACGUUAUAUUGAGAAUUUUCACAAGAUAUGAAAGUAGUAUGAUUAAAAGUAGAUCUGUUAAUUCUGGAGAGCCCCACUUUGCUUCCAGCUGUUCAUAGAUCCUCUGAAGCUAAAACAUGAAGCGUGCCUAGUUUCAAAACUGGAAGCGGGAGGCACCGUAACCAAAUUUAAGAGUGCAAGUCGGUCCUUUCAAACAGUCAUCCGACUGCGUACUCUUCGGCAGAGCGCCUGUGAGAUUUUUAAAGAUAUUUUGCUCUGAACAAGUUGACAGAAUUCAACCAUUUUCUACAUGUUUAACUGGAAGUUACCAGUCCUCUGAUAUGUGAAAUGCAUGUGCAGAUAUACACUUAAACCGAACAAAUCUACCACAGCUACCAUAUUCCUCUUCUAGAUACUUUAAUGUCUUUUUUUUUUCUUUUUUUUUUUUUAGAUAUCAUCGGUGCAAUGCCUGCCUAGCAUCUGUUCUGUCUUUUUGUUUGAAUGUUUAUGUUGUGGGGAAAUACUGAAAGGAUUUAAUCUACGUCUUUUUCAUGUAUUGAUUAGAUUUGGAUUAGCAUUAAAAAGUUAAAAAGCACACUACGUGGGAUUGCACUAAACGAGAGCGCAACACCGGAUAUCUGAGAUUUAGAUAACUCAGCUCUAAAAACUGUUAUUUUGUCACCCAGAUACUUAUUAUCUCAUAAUUUAGGACAGUUAGAGUCAUUUUAUUAAUGUGACCUAAAAACAGAAACUGGGUGAAUAUAGAAGUGUGGAAAAAAACAGAUUUAUAGCCACUUUAUCUGCUCUGUUAACUCUAACAUGAAUGAUGUUGAUGAUAUUGUUAAUACCGACAGGAGUGUAUUGGGAAAAAAAAAAAAAAAAGAAGAAGGGGUAAAUGUCCUCAAGUAUUCAGCAUCCAUUUCACAAAUCCCACACCAGGUGCUGGCGAUGCUUCUUUGGUUGCAUUUGGUGAUUUUUCCUCUCUGAGAGGCUAACUGGAUUUCAGUGAAUCAGCAAACAUUGAUUAGUGUCUCUGCGUUUUGGUGGAGCAGUUCGUUUUGUCUUCUGUCUGUCCACUUCAGGCUCUGGGAGGAUUUAACUUGCAAAAAAAAAAACAACAAUGACCCAGCUGGCAUGGUGAGAUAAACACUCCUGUUGCACUGCGUCCUCCUUCCUGUUAACUCCCCGCAGCUGGUUGGCCAGUGGUUCUUGCGUGUUCCUUCCUCCAGAAAAAUGAGCCAAGCUACUUAACACUGAGUGCUAAACUGUGAUGGAGGGGUUUUAGAAACAAGGGAAGGCUCGGUCGAACAGCAGGAGGUUUCACGUUUUUUUGUUUCUUCGCUACUUUCUGACCAAACAAUGCACAAGAUUUGGGACACCACUUCCUGUUUUUAACUCUCUCUGUUUGUACUUGUUCAGACGGAGCACCGUCAUAGUUUCCUCUUUUCAUGUUUAACCAGUUUAAUGUCUGUGUUCGAUGCUGCACUUUCUACUCGUGUUGCAGUUUAUUGUAAAUACUAGAGAACCUGUUCUUCACCUUCAUUGCUAAGUCAUACUACAGUUUCUGGUUUCAUCCUCUCUGAUCUAAAGGCCACCGGACACGUUACCGUCACCUGUACAGACUCCUUGAAUUAAAAAAUGAUAAAAAUCAAAAACCACUUAUGUUUCUAUAGUCGUACCCAUAAAGGCUUUUUAAAAACUCAAGCUAAUUGUAUUUUAUUUUGUAUUUUCUAACAUGUAAGAAUAAAAAAAAAAAAAUCCUUAUUGGAAUGUGGCCAGAAUAUGUAAUGCAUUUAAGUGAAACAGAAUAAAUAUUAAACAUGUGUA